UCGGCCCCGCCCGCUGGCGCCGGCCCCGGCCUCGUCCUCCGCGUCACCGGCUCCCCGCGGUGACCACAACAUGGCUGCGGCGCCGGGGCUGCCCUUGUGGCUGCUUCUGCUUGGGAUGCCCUGGCAGGUGCCGGGCCAUCAGAAGCCUGACACGGACCGGCGCUUCUCCGAGCACAAACUCUGCGCGGACGCUGACUGCAGCAUGCUAAUGCACCGGGGUGAGGCUCUGGAAGACUUCACAGGCCCGGACUGUCGCUUUGUGAAUUUUAGAAGAGGUGACAAUGUCUACGUCUACUAUAAACUGGCAGGGAAAUCACCUGAAGUUUGGGCUGGAAGUGUUGGACGUAUUUUUGGAUAUUUUCCAAAGGCUCUAAUCAAAGUAGCCCAUACAUAUGCUGAAAAAGAGCUACAAGUUCCAGCAGAUGAGACAGACUUUGUUUGCUUUGAUGGGGGAAGAGAUGACUUUGAUAACUAUAAUUUAGAAGAACUUUUAGGAUUUUUGAAACCGCACAAUUUUGCAACUGGAGAUUCUGAGAAAGCUAUAGAAAAAGCACCUCAGCAUGUGGAAAAACCCCCGGGAGUGUCUGGAGAAAGGGACCCUGCGCCUGACUCAGUGCCGGCCACCGCAGGGGAGAGGCGCGGCGCUUCCCCGGGAAACACUGAGGAGCAGGAGGAAAGCUACGAGGCUCAGGAGACCCACCCCCACGCAGGCGGCCAAACAGAUCGCUCUCAGGGGGAGCGGUCUUCGCUUGACUCAUUCGAAGAAAUGCUUCAAGAUAAAUUAAAAGUGCAGGACAGUGACAACAACAAAACCAGCAAUAGCUCUCAGCUCUCAAAUGAACAGGAGAAGAUGGAUGCUUACAAACUUCUGAAAAAAGAAAUGACCCUGGACUUGAAAACCAAAUUUGGCUCAACUGCUGAUGCACUUGUGUCUGAUGACGAGACCACCAGGCUGGUGACUUCGUUAGAAGACGAUUUUGAUGAGGAACUAGAUGCUGAGUAUUAUGUGAUUGGGAAGGAGGAGGAGGAGGAGGAGAAUCAGGAAAACUUUGAUGAGAUUCCAUUACUGACCUAUACAGAUGACGAAGAGUUGAAAAUGCCAGCAGCACCUGAAGUUGGCAAAUACUCGACUGAUAAAGAGCAGAAUUCAAGCGAAGGGGACAAAGCGGAGGUGAGUCGGCCCCUGCGCAUCCAAACUGACGAAGAAGACCUAACCGGUUGGGAGGACACUGGCGUCUCCGCUGUCACAGAAGACGAGGAACAAACGGGUAUGGAUUUUGAGAGUUACAGUUCAGAAGAAGAAAAGGAAGGUGAUGAUGGAUUAGGUCCAGACAGCAAAUGGGGGCAACCGCAAUCACCGACAGAUGAUGCGGACUCUAAAAAGGCAGGGGAUGGUCUUCCGGUUGCAGAGGUUCCUAAAACCCAUAACGAGAAAGACCCAGAAAGGGACCCAGACCUUCUCGACAAAGGAAAAGGGAGGACCCCUGAGGAAUCCGAGAGGGGCCCGGUGCAGGGCGAGAACGGGUCGGAGGAGGAGGGGAAAGGAGACAGGCCUCUGCACGGCCCUGCUCAGGGCAGUAAGCUCAGCGCGUUGGUAGCGACUGAAAAGGGUAAAGAAACAUUAAAAUCAGUCUUCCGUAACAAAGAACAGGAUCCUAGAGGGGCAGCUGCUCCCACCUCAAAAGGGGCGGUCCAGGAGGAGAAGCCCGGAGAGCCGACUUUGGAAGGUGCCCCGGAGGGUGGGGGGGAGCGUAAGGCUGCAGAGAAUCAGGCGAAGGGAGAGAAGACUGAACAGGAGGCCACGGAUGUCGCGCAGCUCCCGGGAGACGCCCAGCACAACGCGUCUAAAGACGGCAUGGAGGAGGUGGAGGAGGAAGUGGAUAUUUCAGUAAAUGGACCGAAACCACACACAGUUUCAGGGGAGCAUCUGGGCGAGAAAUUUAAAGAGGAACAGCUUCUUAAAACUCAAAAUCAACCCCGGUUCUCCUCCCCCGAUGAAAUCGGCGUGUCAACAGGGCUGGAAGACGAGGGUCCCGUGCCGGGAAGAAAUCUGUCCUGGCAACAAGAACGAGACGUGGCCGCCGCAGCGACCACGCCGGUGGGUGAGAAGACGGGGCCGUCGGCACCAGAGGCCGCAGGAGGCGCUGCGGGCAGGGAGCUUGGCCAGCCAGAGCCGGGCGCCCCGGGAGCAGAGACAGGGGGCCCGCCGGGCGGCAGCGCGGAAGCGCCAGACGCCGAGGAUGAGGACCCCGCCCCCGAGGAGCUCCUGGAGGACGAAAAUGCCGCGAGUGCGGAGCGGUCUAGGGGGAAGGGCCCCGAGAGGCGGCGCGGGCAGCUCGAGGUGCCCCCGCCAGGCCCCGGCGGAGGGGGCGGAGGGGUUCCGGGUGCCGUGAACACUACUGGUGCGGAGACGGAAGCCGACGAAGGAAAAACUAGUGACGUUUUGGAAGCUGAUAGGAAAAAUGAAACCGUGGGCAAAGGGGCGGGCACGCCAGGCACGGAGCCUGGGGGUCUGGUGGUGGGACAGGAGGAAAGCCCUCCUGCAGGCGAGGAAGCGCGGAGACCAUCUGAAGGAAGCGGCCUCCCUGGCGAGGAAACACACGGGACUCCAGAGUCGGACUCAGUGUUUCGGAGUAGAGAGUCUGCUCAUGCUGCAGAAGACGACCCCGAGGACCGCCCGAAGACCUCGGGGCUCGCGGAGCGGCCGGGGGUGGGGCGCUCGCAAGAGGACUGGGAGGACAGAGAGAAGCUCACGGACACACAGAGCCGGGGGGCUGCCCCCCAGGAGCUAGAGGGCGAUGCGUCCCACCCGGCCGCAGGUACAGCGGCAGAGCCGGGGCACGGCGGCCAGCUGGCCCACUUGCCGAUCAUAAGCAGCUUCUUUAAGGAGCAGCAGUCCCUGCAGCGGUUCCAGAAGUACUUUGAUGUCCCCGAGCUGGAAGCCAUGCUCCAAGAAAUGUCAUCAAAGCUGCAGUCGGCGCAGCGGGAGAACCCGCCCUACAGCGUGGAAAAGGCCCUGGACAAGGUCUUCCGGGCGUCGGAGUCCCAGAUUCUGCGCGCAGCGGAGGAGAUGCUGGAUGCUCGCGUGGCCGAACUGCGCGACUUGGGAGUGGAGGAAGACGUGUUUGAAGAGGCCGCAGUGCUGGAUGACGUGCAAGACCUGAUCUACUUCGUCAGGUACAGACACUCCACGGGGCGGGGCACCGGACCCCUGGCAGUGGCGCCGCCUCCUGAGCAAGGCUGGGAUGGACCAGCGGAAGAGGUGCAGCCGCCCCUGGAAGAUAAUCCCUCCCAAGAGAACACAGAAGAUCUUAAAAUGCAGAUUCCGGAAGAGCCUGGCCACUCGGAUCAGCCCGUGACUAGUAACGUGGGUGUCUUAGACGUGCCCCAGAAGCCGAAUGCUGAGAAGGACACUCACCCAGAGAUGUUUGUGAUGGAAAGCCCUCCUGACGAUGCUGAUGCUGAUGCUGAUGCUGAUGAAGAAGAGGACCCGGAACUAGCAGACGAAGAGCCUUGGGAAAACGCGGUUCUCUUCCUGCAGUCGUUCGUGUCCUACUUAACCAAGACGCUACUUUCCACACUGCCUGGUGGCGUGCAGUCUGCCCCUGACUUCUAUGGGCUGCCCUGGAAGCCCGUCCUUAUCACCGCCUUCCUGGGCAUCGUUUCAUUUGUCAUUUUCUUCUGGAGAACCAUCCUUGCUGUAAAGAGUCACGUGUACCAAGUCACUGAACAGCAGAUUUCUGAGAAGUUAAACAAUCUCAAGAAAGAAAAUGCAGACCUUGUACAAAAAUUAUCGAAUUAUGAACAGAAGAUCAAGGAAUCAAAGAAAUAUGUUCAAGAAACCAAAAAACAAAAUACGAUACUCUCUGAUGAAGCAAUUAAAUAUAAGGAUAAAAUCAAGGAACUUGAGGAAGCGAAGGAAAAUCUGAAUGAUAAAGCUAAAAAUCUGCGUCUUAUGUUGGACUCUGAGAGAGAGCAGAAUGCCAAGAAUGAGGACUUGAUACUGGAAAACACGCGAUCUUUGGACAAGUUAAAGGACGUUAUUGCGAUGAACGCCUCGGAACUUUCCGAGGUUCAGAUCGCCCUUAAUGAAGCGAAGCUUAGCGAAGAGAAGGUGAAGUCUGAAUGCCAUCGGGUUCAGGAAGAAAAUGCUAAACUUAAGAAGAAGAAAGACCAGUUGCAGCAGGAGAUCAAAGACUUGAAAAAAGCACACACUGAGCUCAGUGAGCAAAUCACAUCAUUUGAGAAGUCUCAGAAAGAUCUGGAAGUAGCGCUCACUCACAAAGAGGAUAACAUCCAUGCUUUGAAUAAUUGCAUCACACAGUUGAAUUGGUUAGACUGUGAAUCUGAGUCUGAGCGUCAGAAUAAAACAGGAAAUGAGUCAGAUGAAUUAGCAAAUGGCGAAGUGGGAGGUGACCGCAGUGAGAAGGUGAAGAAUCAGAUUAAGCAGAUGAUGGACGUGUCUCGGACACAAACAGAAAUAUCGGUCAUUGAAGAGGAUCUAAAACUUUUACAGUUGAAGCUGAGAGCCUCGAUGUCCUCAAAGUGUACCCUGGAAGACCAAGUGAAGAAGCUGGAGGACGACCGCAGCGCCCUGCAGUCCGCCAAGGCGGGCCUGGAGGACGAGAACAAGACCCUGAAGCAGAAGGUGGAGAUCCUGAACGAGCUCUAUCAGCAGAAGGAGAUGGCUUUGCAGAAGAAGCUGAGCCAGGAGGAGUUCGAGCGGCGCGAGAGAGAGCAGCGGCUCUCGGUGGCGGAUGAAAAGGCGCUCUCGGCGGCCGAGGAAAUAAAAACCUACAAGUGGAGAAUUGAAGAGCUGGAGAACGAGCUGCAGAAAACGGAGCGCUCCUUCAAGGACCAGCUUGCUGCCAAUGAGAAGAAAGCCCAUGAGAACUGGCUGAAGGCUCGCGCUGCAGAAAGGGCCAUGGCUGAAGAGAAGAGGGAGGCAGCCAACCUGAGACACAGAUUAUUAGAAUUAAACCAAAAGGUGGCCAUGCUGCAGCAAGAACCUGUGAUCGUCAAGCCGAUGCCGGGAAGGCCCAGCGCACAGAACCCGCCACGAAGAGGUCCCCUGAGCCAGAACGGCUCCUUCGGCCCGUCGCCCGUGAGUGGGGGCGAGUGCUCCCCUCCGCUGAGAGACCCGCCCGCCAGACCGCUGUCCGCCACGCUCGGCCGGAGAGACGUGCCCCGCAGUGAAUUCGAUCCAGGAUCUGGGGCAGCUGCCAUGGUGAACAGCAGCCCAGGAAGCUCUUCCCCUGCCAGGGGGAUGGAUGAGGGCAAGGUGACCAUGGCUGCAGAAGGGCCCCCUCCUUUCCCGGGGGCGCCCCUCAUGAGCGCCCCCCUGGGAGGCCCCGUGCCGCCGCCCAUUCGAUACGGACCGCCGCCUCAACUCUGCGGGCCUUUCGGGCCUCGGCCCUAUCCCCCACCUGCACCGUUCGGUCCUGGCAUGCGGCCACCCCUGGGCCUGAGAGAGUACGCACCAGGCAUUCCACCAGGAAAACGGGAUGUGCCUUUCGACCCCCGGGGAUUUGUGCCAGGACACCCUCACUUCAGGCCUGUCGCCUCUCCUGGCCCUCGGGAGUACUUUAUCCCGGGCCCCCGACCACCGCCACCCCCAGCCCACGGCCCCCAGGAUUACCCUCCACCUGCUGCAAGAGACUUACUGCCUUCUGGCUCCAGGGAGGAGCCCUCACCCGCCUCGCAGAGCAGUGGCCAGGACGCCUCCCCAGCCUUGAAACAGAGCCCAUAGGCUGACCUCUGACCUCCAGUCUGAGAGCAGGUGGACUGCACUAUUCAUUACAGUCUUCAGAAUCCAAAAAUUUAAAUAAAGCUAGUUUUUAGAACUAAGCUGCCCUGGCAGUCUGCAUUUUUGAGCCAAACAAUUAAAAAAUACCCCCCCCCCCCAAAUAAAAAUCAAUCACCCUGUAAGCUACAGCCCCCCUUCCAACUUUGAAAUGUGCAAUAAAUACCUGUGUUUUAGUUAAUGUAGUGUAUGUAACUGUCAAAUGAUCUAGUCUGUCUUGGGAAGUACGAACAUUUCCUGUGGAAAUGCCGUAAGAACACGUGUUUCCAUUUAUUACCCCAUUUCUAGUGUGUGCCAGCCGAAUGCAGAGCAACUGUGUCUAUAAGCCUGAUUUUUUAAAGUGUCUGUCUGGUCGCAAGGACUGUUACGCUGCAAAUGUUUACUAAAAGAUCACUGAACUUUAUCUCCCCCUUGCUGAAGUUCUUUGUAGUAAAAGUUCAUUAAAAUUUGGUUAUGAAUGUU